CUAUACGAGCUCAUUUGCCUUUGCACGUAACUGUGGAUCAUAUGUCAGUCUGCAGCUCCCCACCGAUGAUGCAAGUGGCAUACAAAGCUGUAGCCCGAAAGUACUGGUUCUGAUUGUUGGCGCUUCACCCAAGUGCCGAGCCCAACGGGUGCCUCGCGUAUGAGCGGCAGGAUUUCUUUAAUAACCAUGACAGUGGUUCGACAUGUAUAAGACAAGAUGGGUAUUUAUACCUUCUCCGAAGACUGUGUGAUUGGGGACUUGAGGCUCUGUCGGCUGCGUUCGUACUACUCUGGCCCCUGACCGCUCAUGAUGAUCACGUCCCCACCGUAUCUGCUUCUUGCAGUUGCCGCUGCGCCCGUCGUCAGUGCGUUGGCCGUCUCGACCCCCGGGUCGGUUGCCUGUGCAAAUAUCACCUCGUCGCUCGGCAGUAGCAAGGUCGUGUCGACUUCCUUGAACCCCAAGUACGUCGCCACAACGCAAGACUAUUGGAACGCACGCCAGAGCGCGUACGAUCCUACCUGCAUCGUGUAUGCGGAGUCGGCACAGGAUGUCUCGAUCUCUCUUGAGGCCAUCAAGUCAGCAGGCUCGAGAUUCGCCAUCAAGGCCGGCGGACACAAUCCAAACACCUUCUUCUCGUCCGUCGAUAGUGGUGUCUUGAUUAGCCUGGAACAGAUGACUGGAAAGUCCUACGAUGCCACCUCCACGCUUGCGACUUAUGAGCCCGGAAGCAAUUGGGGUGACCUGUACGAGUACUACCAGCCCCUAGGCAGGACGGUGAUGGGCGGCAGGUUGGCGGGCGUUGGCACGGGCUUGGCGUUGGGCGGCGGUCUCAGCUACCUGUCGCCUCAGUAUGGCAUUGCCUGCGACUCUUUCCGGGAGCUUGAGGUUGUUCUUCCGAGCGGUGACGUUGUCAUUGCUUCGAACACGUCGAACCCCGAUCUCUUUCUCGGGCUGCGCGGUGGUGGCGGUAACGCAUAUGGCGUUGUCACAAAGUACACCGUGCAGACUCGCCCUAUCGGAAAUUUCUACGCUGGAAACAUCGUGUAUUUGUUUGAUUACUGCGACGAGGUGCUGGAGGCAAUACAUGACUUCAUCGCGUACAACACCGACUCUAAAGCGACGAUAUUGCCGACAUACGAGAAAUUGUCAACACCCGAUCUCACAUUGAACCUGGACCAGGCUAUCGUUCUGUUCCUUGUAUACGAUGGUGAGGACCCAGGAACAGCCUUUGACAACUUCACCAGCAUACCGCACCUGAUCGAUACCCGCUCGAUCAAGUCUUACACAGAAGUGGCCAACAUGCCGCUGCCAUUCACGGCGGAUCUGACCAGGGCCGACAACGUCUUCCGAUCCGGCGUGCACCACAUCGAGGACAACAGCUACCGGACGGCGCUCGAGACUUGGCGGACCUGGGCCGAUACCAACAAGGGCAGCUACAUACACACCGGGCUGUACAUGUACCCGGUCGCGCGCAGCCUGACAGAUGGGAGCAAUGCCAACGGCGGCAACGCAAUGCAGCUGCCCGAUGGUCCCUGGUUCUGGACGGCCUACGACAUCGCCACCCCGCCGCUGCUGCUCGACUCGGUCUACGACGCCAUCCAGGAAAGCUUCCGGAAGAUGGUGGCGGCCACGCCCGAUGCGCCGGAUUUACCAUUGUUCUUGAACGAGGCAGCCAAGGACCAGAACCCGUUGGCCACGUUCGGCAGCUUCGCUGAGUUGCAGAAGAUCAAGAGCAAGUAUGAUCCGGAUGGGUUCUUUGCUGGUAAGACGGGUGGCUGGUCAUUUGCAUGAGUGUUAUGGAUUCUGAUAAUAAAAUGGUAGUCGUAAGGGUUAUAGUGUUCUUAAUAUCGGCGAUGCUGUGGACCUAGAGAAAUGCGCAACAGUACACAGUUGAAACCCUCACGUGUCAACCUUUGUUAACAGAAUCAACGUGCGCGGUGGAUUGCUAGUGCCGAAGGUGUAAUUAACGUUAGCAAAAAUACAUAAUGUUAUUUUGCCUGUGCUAACGUGCCGUUAAUGUUAGUCCCCUCCUUUCAAUAUCGGCCCUCAAAGAAUCAAUAAAUAAUGC